AUGGCGGCCUACAUCCCCAAGACCAUGCGGGCUCUCCAAUACUCAAAGCCCAAGGAGUACGGGCUUGUCGAGGUUCCCGUACCCGAGCUGCGGGACGAGGACAUCCUGAUCAAAGUCAAGGCCUGCGGUGUCUGUGGAACAGACCUGCACAUUCAUGAUGGCGAGUUCAUUGCGAAGUUCCCCCUGAUCCCCGGCCACGAGACCGUCGGCGUGGUAGCCGCCGUAGGCUCCAAGGUCCAGAACUUCCACAUCGGCGAGCGAGUCGUCGCUGACAACUCGGAGCUGUGCGGGACAUGUUUCUACUGCCGUCGGGGUGAUCUGCUGUUUUGCGAGGACUUCAAUGCCCACGGCGUCACCAUGAACGGUGGUUUCGCCGAAUACUGCGCCUAUCCUGCUGGCAAGGUGUUCAAGAUCAAGAACCUGUCAGACGUCGACGCAACGCUGCUGGAACCCGCCUCGUGCGCAGCCCACGGCCUGGACAAGAUCGCCCCGAAGAUGGGCUCGUCGGUGCUCGUGUUCGGCGCCGGUCCUACGGGUCUGGUGCUGGCCCAGAUGCUCCGCCAGAACGGCGGCUGCCGAGUCGUGUCACUAGGAGCCGGCGACGAGUACAUCGAGCUAUCACGACAGGCGCCCGAAGCCCAGUAUGCCAAGCUCAAGGCGGAUAACCCGUAUGGCUUCGAUAUUGUCGUCGAGGCGACCGGCAGCCCGAAGAUCCUUGAGGACUCGAUCAACUAUGUGCGCCGGGGUGGCAAGCUGGUUGUUUAUGGCGUGUACUCCAGCGAGGCACGUGUUGCGUGGCCUCCUUCCAAGAUCUUCGGCGACGAGAUCACCAUCCUCGGCAGUUUCUCCGAGACGUACAAGUUCCCUGCUGCCAUUGACUACCUGGACUCCGGCAAGGUCAAAGUAGCUGGAAUCGUGAACAAGGUGUUCAAGAUCGAGCAGUGGGAGGAGUGCUUGGAGUCGAUGCGCAACAAGAGCGCGAUCAAGGCUGCUAUCACCUUUGAUUAG